AUGGACAAUCCUGUUGUUUCAUCUGGUAAAACUGUUGGAAAGCCGAUAAAAUGUCGAGCUGCCGUGGCUAGAAAAGCCGGUGAGCCUCUGGUGAUCGAGGAAGUAUUUGUGGGCCCACCUAAGUCGGAGGAAGUUCGUAUGAAAAUCAUUUGUACCUCUCUCUGUCACAGUGAUAUCACAAUCUGGAAAAUGGAAAGUACACAGUUGUGCAUGUUUCGAAUAUAUAUAACGAAAAUUGAUCCUACUAUGCCUCCAAAUAAGGCUUGCCUUCUUAGCUGUGGAGCCUCCACAGGGGUAGGAGCUGCAUGGAAGUCUGCAAAGGUUGAAGCAGGAUCCACUGUAGCCAUUUUCGGUCUUGGGUCUGUAGGAUUGUCCGUUGCCGAAGGGGCAAGAUUAUGCGGUGCUGUUAAAAUCAUAGGCGUUGACGUGAACCCUGACAAGUUUGAUAUGAGUAAAGCUUUCGGCGUAACUGAUUUUGUUGACUCGAGGAACUGUGGUGAAAAACGAUUGAGCGAGGUGAUAAAUGAAAUGACAGGUGGAGGAGCCGACUUUUGUUUCGAAUGCGUGGGGAAGGCAUCCUUGGUCGAUGAAGCAUUUGCGUGCUGCCGCAAGGGUUGGGGAAAAACGAUUGUGGUUGGGGUGGACAAACCUGACUCACAAUUGACAUUUGGAUCUUUCGAUGUACUUCAUCUUGGCAAAACGAUCAUGGGCUCAUUGUUUGGAGGUCUUAAACCGAAACGGGACGUACCAAUCCUCGUCAAACGGUACAUGGACAAGGUAUAG